UCUCAACUAAUCUGGUUGAAACGUGUUAAGGAUAAUGACUUAGUUAAAAGGCAGGAGAUGAGUAAACAGGUGUGGUUGGGGGUAAUUUUUCGGUGUCUUUGUGUGUCUUUGAGGGAGGGAUGGUGAAGGAGGGAGUGGAAUGAAAUGAGCUGGAAAGAGGGAUGACCUCAAUUUAAAAAGGGUUGGGUAAAGGGUCAACACAAGCAGUAAAAGGUGCAGAGGGAACAGUGGAAGAAGGAUUAGGGGACCUGGAAGGAGGAGGCUGAACCGCAGUGAUCGAAGCAGCUAGAAGUAGACGAGGAGGCAGGGCAGCUUUGUUUUCCCAACAUUUCAUUUUGACAUAAAAGCCGUCUUCUGACAUCGAAUCGAGAAAUGAGGGCAUCGCAACGCUGACCCUCUGAAGAUGAUACUGGGCACACUUCUGUCAGGCGCCGAAAUGGCGCGAAUGGGCUUCAUUUUCCUGCUGAUGAGCAACGCAACCUCAGUCUCCACACAGUUCAACGGAUUCAACUGUGACGCCAAUUACCACAGCCGCUAUCCUGCUGAGAGGGACAUCAGUGUUUACUGUGGGGUUCAGACCAUCACCUUGAAGAUCAACUUUUGUCCAGUGCUCUACUCCGGCUACACCGCUGCAGAUCUGGCUCUGAACGGACACCACAGUGAUGCUCAGUGCAGAGGCUUUAUCAAUAACAACACGUUCCCCACAGCUGUGCUGUUCAGCAUCAGCCUCAGCACCCUGGAGGCCUGCGGUAACAGCCUAGUGGUCAGCACGGCCUACGGGACCAACGCCUACGGGAACAUGUCUCUGGUACAAAUUGGAAAUGUCUCGGGCUAUAUUGACACUCCUGAUCCACCCACUAUAAUCAGCUACCUGCCUGGCCUGCUGUAUAAAUUCAGCUGCAGCUACCCGCUGGAGUACCUGGUCAAUAACUCACAACUGGCAUCCUCCUCUGCAGCUAUUUCUGUCAAAGAUAACAACGGCACAUUUGUGAGCACGCUGAGUAUGAUCCUGUACAAUGACUCCACGUACAAUCAGCCUCUGUCCAUCCCCAUGUCCGGAUUGGCUUUGAAAACCAGAGUCUUUGCUGCUGUGAAAGCCACUAAUUUAGACAAACGAUGGAAUAUCUUGAUGGACUACUGUUACACAACCCCCUCAGGGAAUCCUAAUGAUGAACUUCGCUAUGACCUUUUCUUUGGCUGCUAUAAAGACCCCCAAACAACCGUCUUUGAGAAUGGGAAGAGCCAGAUGGGUCGGUUUUCCUUCGAAGUCUUCCGUUUUGUGAAGCACCGCCAUCAGAAGAUGUCCACCGUGUUUCUGCACUGCGUCACCAAGCUAUGCCGGGCAGACGACUGCAUCAUGCUCGUACCAAUCUGUGGGCGACGGCGCAGAAGGGAUGGAGGGCAGAGCCCUGGUUCCCUGCCAGCAGAUUCUGGGAACGCCAUUAUCACUGCAGGUCCAAUCAUCACCAGAAGUGAUGAAACCCCUGCCAACAACUCCCAGCUAGCAUCCGCUGAAUCCAAACACUCCAUGAACUCGAUGACAACUGCUCUGAUCACAGGUGUGGUCAUCCUGGGCGUGGUCAGUGUGGGCCUCUUCCUUUUGAUGCUCCGGCUCCUGCAGAAAUCCCGCCUCCCUGCAGCUGCAUCCUCAGGUGUUUGGAACCCAAGCUUUAAAUAAUUAAGGCGUUAUGUGUACAAGAAUUACACGGAGCUGCUUCCUGACUUUGCUUGUUUGCUUUGCGAUAUUUUACGUGUUUAUUGCGUUUUAGGUAUUUAUUGCCUCCAAUACCUCAUUUUUUUUAGCCUUUUGUUGUUAGGAAAUGCACCUCCAACAUUUUAAGUUUCUAUGCCAGUUUUUAUAAACAGAAUUCAACAUUCAAAAAAAUUGUAUCAAAUUUGGUUUAGUUAUGAACACACACACACAAAAUCACAACAGUUUUGCAUCUUUCUGUUUUUCAGUGCAGGCAUUCAACCCGUUGAAAAUCAGAAAAUAUGCAGUGUUUUAAAACCACAACUGGAUUUAAGGCUACAUGUUUGAACUGAGUUUCUUGUUUUUUUUAGGGGGUUGUAAGGGGAUGCUAUGUUUAAGAUGCUGUGCAUAAAAGUUCAAAAAUCUAUUUGCAAUAAAGGUGAACCCUAAAAGGACUAUAGCCUUUUAAAUUUGUUAAUGUUUUCACAUAGGAUUGAGAUUAUUAGAAGAGAUUAGCACUAAGACAAAGUACUUAUGCCCCACUUUCAUAUAGUGCAUUCGUUAAUAAACUGUGUGUGUUUUCUGUGACAAUAAAAUGAUUUUUUCAAUCUAG